AUGUUUUCACACUCAGCUCGUCGUUUUACACCGACUGUGAUGUCUUUCCAAUCCGUUCGAGCUCCUGUGAGCCGACGCACCUUCACCUCCACACAAGCCAUAUUCAACUCAUCUCAGAAGCCAAGUGCAUAUAAGGAAGGUAUGAACCAAUACCGAACCUUUACUGGCCCCUUCGCCAAGGUCUUCUUGGGGGGCGUGUUCGUCUAUCAAGUCCUUUAUUGGACCUGGUUGAAAUUGGAGAUGGAUGAGAUCAAGGUGGCAAAGAAUGAGAAAGUGGCCGUACUAGAGAAAGAGGCACGGGAGUUGACUAGCACCCAGAAAUGA